UGGCGAUGCAAAAAUAGCCGGUAGGUAGAGGGAAAACAUCAAUUUUGUCUGACAAAAGAAGUGAUUGUUGUUCAUAAGUUAUUCGUAAUUAUUCAAUUUUAAUUUGUUAUCUGAUAUUAAACCGUCUACCUAGCACUAUGUCUGCUCAAAGGACGCUUAAAGAUGCUCUUUAUGAAAAUCUGUUUGCCUUGUUAUCAACUGACUCAACGACAAGAAGGAAUGCCGAAGAACAACUUAAGAUGUUUGAAGCUACCGAUGAAUACGGUGCUCAUUUGACCGAGAUAUCAAUUGAUGGUAAGAUUAACGGAUCGAUUAGGAGGCUCGCGUCAGUUAUUUUAAAGCAUUUCAUCGAUUCACAUUGGAGUUCGAAAAGUGAUAAAUUUCAAGCACCUGAAAUAAUCAAAGCAGUUAAGGCUCGUAUCCGCUCUUCCUUAUUGAGAGCUCUAGGAGAGCCAAGGCUACUGUUAAAUGGUGAUGACACAUCAGAAAAAAAGAUGCGAGGGUCAAUUGCUUUUGUCAUCUCGGGAAUUGCGCAUUACGAUUGGCCUGAUGAAUGGACUGAUUUAUUUGAUAUCCUUAUUGGUUAUAUAAAUUCGGAAAAUCUUUUAGCCAUCUAUGGCUCCAUGAAAGUAUUCACUGAAAUGUGCCAUGAAAUAAGUGAAUUACAAAUCCCAGACAUAGCACCUAUAUUAUUGCCAAGAAUUUAUGAUAUUCUAGUUAAUCCUUAUUUUUCGAUUGGAACUCGAGGAAGAGCUAUCCAGGUAUACUCAGAAUUGGCUGAGACUAUCACCAUGAUAGGAGAAUUAGACAAAAGUGCAACAAAGCAGUUCUUGGAUCCAGUUCUACCACAGUUCACUACUGCGUUAAUUAAAAUUAUUGAAGCUCCUGAUAGUGCUGCUGAUGUUGAUCUGGGUUUAAAGAAAAAAGCUCUCAGUGCUUUAACUUUGUUAAUCAAAAAUUGCCGGAAAAGGAUGUGGAAAUAUAUGCCAGCUAUUUUAACACCUGUAUGGUAUAAUUUAACUUCUUUCGCAUCACUUUAUGUUAAAGUUGUGGUCAAUAGCGAAUCAGAAGAAGCUAAAUUAUCGAAUUAUCAACCAGGAACUGAUUCCGAUGGUGAUUCUGUUAGUGUUGAAGAGUUUAUUUUCGCUAUUUUUGACUUCGUCUCAGUAAUUACAGAAACUUCAAAAUCCAGAAAACUCAUAAAGCAUGGUAUAUCCGAUCUUUUAUAUUAUAUUCUUAUCUAUAUGCAAAUAACUGACGAACAAAUGGAAACAUGGAGUAGCAAUCCUGACCGUUUCGUUGAAGACGAAGAUGAUGACAGCUAUAGUUAUUCAGUGCGUAUAUCAGCAUUGGAUGUCUUAAUGUCCUUAGCUCGAGAAUAUGAAGAAAAUGAGAGCAAAGAAGAAAAUUUAAAUUUCCAAAUGGCGCUACUAAAUGCAAUAAAGAAACAUUUCACUGAAUCUUAUGAAGCUAAAGCAAAUUCAAAUAAUUACUGGUGGUGGAAAAUUCAGGAAUGCUGUCUUCUGGCCUUUGGCUCAAUUUCCACUGCAUUAAUGGACACUGUUAAAGAAAAUGGACCUUUGGCAGAUGAGAUAAGAGCGAUUCUCGAUACUUGUUCGAACAUUUCUGCUGAUGUUUCGCCUUUUUUCGCUGGAAGAUAUUUAUGGACAGCAGCAGUUUAUGCACCAAUAAUGAACUCGUCAGUGAUUGAUAGAUUCAUUCAAGCAACUUUAUCAGGUCUCCUUAACGUCUCUCCUAUUAUCAAGAUUUCAUCGAUUCGUGCCGCUUAUAACAUUUGUAUUUACCUCCAAGAAACGCAUCAAGUUGAUUUUAUAAAGCCAUAUUUGCCUCAAAUACUUGAAGUUAUGGUCUCUAUCGGGACAGCUUAUUCUAAUGAAGUUCUAGCUCUAGUGUUGCAAACCAUAAAAACGCUGGUAUCAUUGGAUAAAGUAUUUGCUGCCAGUGUUGAAAGUAAAGUCUCAGCACUUGCAAUAGAAACAUUUCUUCGACAUUCAGCUGACCCUGUUCUGAUUACAUCUACUCAAGACAUCUUCAAAGAACUCUCAAAAAAUCCAGAUUGUAUCGGUCCUCUUCAACAACAGAUUAUCCCUACUCUAGUUUCUAUUCUCAAUCCACCCCAAUCAAAUCAAACCGUUCAAACUUUACAACCUGUUGCCAUGGACAUUUUAACCACUAUAAUAAGAAAUAGCACUACUCCGUUAUCUGAAUCAUUAAUCAAUCAAUGUUUUCCUGCGGCAGCUUUUUGUAUUCUAUCAACCAUUGAUGAUAAUUCAACUAUGCAGAACGGCGGUGAAUGUAUCAGAGCAUUUGUUUCGAAAGCCGUUGAACAGGUUGCUGCUUAUAGAGAGCCAGAGUCUGGUGAGGAUGGAAUGUCGAUAGUUAUGCAAGUUUGUCUUCAUCUUCUUGAUCCACGAGUUAACGAGUCGUGUGCUGCUUUCGUCGGCAAAUUGAUUUUCAUUACAAUAAUAAAAGGAUCCCAAUUCAUCGGCAAUGACAAUGUAAAUCUUCUGUUGCGUUCUGUUCUUAGCAAACUUCAAACAAGUGAAUCCCUUUCAGUUAUUCAAAGUUUAAUUAUGGUAUUUGCUCAUCUUAUCAAUCAUGAUUUACCAACUGUUCUGGAUUUCCUUUCAAGUUUACCUGGACCUUCAGGUUCCCAAUCUGCACUGGAAUUUGUGCUGAAUCAAUGGCUUGGACGUCAACACAUGUUUUAUGGUGCCUAUGAAAGCAAAGUUAGCAUCAUUGCUCUUUGCAAGUUGUUGCAAAACUCAUUAGUUAAUGCUGAUCAAGAUCAGAGAUUAAAUUUAAAUUUGAUUAGAGUACCCGGUGAUCCUAUGGUAGAUUCAUCUCCUGGUAUCAAAACUCGUUCAAAAACGCAAAACAAAAAUGAAAGAUGGACUCUUAUUCCAUGUUCUGUUAAGAUUUUAAAACUUUUACUCAACGAAGUUUUUUGCAUAGAGUCAACAGAUGAUAUUAGUGAUCACGAAUUUGAAGACGAAGAAGAAGAGGAAGAAGACCAUUCAAUAGAUGAAAAUCGAGGUCCAAAUCAAUGUGGACAUGGAGGAGAUUCUGUGCAUGUACCAUCGACUCAAUUCCACGAGUUAAUUGAAGCCAUCGAAUCUGACUUUGAUGAAGAAGAUGAAGAAGAGGAAGAUGAAGACAUUUUAAAUGACCCGAUAAGUAAAAUAAACCUGGGCCAACAUCUCACAAGUUUCGUCAGGUCUUUUACAUCGACACCUUUUGCCACUCAAUUCAUGCCCCACUUGAACGAGAAUGAGCUGAAUAUAUUGCAAAAAAUAAGUCGCCAUUAAAUACAUCAUUGAAUUGUUAUUUUCAUCUUUGUUUUCUCAUUUUGUGUGAAUUCAUUACAUGCCUGGCUGUAAUUUACCUGCCAAAGCAAUAAAUAUUUUCGAUCUUA